AUGGGUGAAUACUUACCUGUAAAUGUUGUCCCUGCAGCAUGCCUCGUCGUGGGUAGAGCGAGGUUGAUCCUUCUAAUCAGUCAGUCGACCCUUGCCAUGUGCCUCCGGAGGGAAAUGUUCGGUGCCGGCACAGAAACUAGCGCUUCAACGAUAGAGUGGGCCAUGGCGGAGCUCAUCAAAAACCCAGAUAUCAUGUCCAAAGUUCGAUCAGAACUAGACAGGGUGGUGGGCCCCAAAAUGGUGAAGGAGUCAGAUCUACCGUCCCUUCCUUAUCUCCAAGCGUGCGUAAAGGAGACACUACGAUUACACCCUCCAACACCUUUACUCCUACCCCACCGUGCCUUAGAGAAAUGUCAGCUGUUCGAUUACACGAUCCCAAAGGACUGUCAAUUGAUGGUGAAUGCAUGGGCCAUUGGGAGGGACCCCAAAACAUGGAACGAUCCGAUGACGUUUGUACCGGAGCGAUUUCUGAAUUCAACGGUGGAUUACAAAGGGAACGAUUUUGAGCUCAUACCAUUCAGUGCAGGGCGGAGGAUAUGCCCAGGUGUACCGCUCGCGAGUCAGUUCAUACCGUUGAUUGUAGCGUCUCUGGUGCAGAAUUUUGUGUGGGGCCUACCAAAUGGCAUGAGGCCAAGUGAGUUGGUGAUGGAUGAGAAGUUCGGGUUGACUUUACAGAAGGAGCCCCCUCUGCUCGUCGUUCCUAAAGCACGUGUAUGAUCUAAUUGUUGCUCUGGAGUUCGUUUUGGCUACACACAUGGAGUGAUGAUCGGAUGAUCGGGAAUGUCCAUGUUUUGGGUUGCUGUCUCAGAUAUGAGGUAGUGGGAGAUUAAUAGUAAAUGGGUGGUUCUGACCGUUGAUAUAGUUAGUUGAAUGCUGACCGUUGGAAAGAGAAUUUCAACAGUUUAAAUUCAAUUAAAUGAAACAAUGGUCAGGAUCAUUUCUUUCAGAAAAGUUCUUGGUUCUAAAUAAUGCCAAGAGGAUGGACGCUCCAGAUUAUGCACGUGUAUUUUUUUUUUCAUUUACUCUGUUUGUCCUGGUAGUAAAGUGUGUUGGUGAUCACAAGCCUAGGUACUGUGCAUGGCAGUUUAUGUAUA